CAUCCGCGAAACACAGAGCAGCAGCAGCAGCACCCACAGCCUAAUCGCAGGGAUCUUGGAUCUUCCUUGCUAGCGUUGUACGUACCACGCCGGCAGGCAGAACAGUUCAAGUGGCACGGCAGUGAUGGUGAUGGCGGAUGACAAUUCUUGGCUGCGGUUCGGCGCACAUACCGUCCAUUCCACCUGAUGCAGCAAACAACAAUAAAGUACAAUCAGAAUGUUAUCGGGAGAUGCAGCCUGCAGAAAGGGAGGGGGAGGUUCUGGCUCCCUUUCCCCCCUCUCUUUGCAGCUAUGAAAAGCUAUUAAAUACCUCAAAGCUCAAGCCUCUUCAACUAAGGCUCACGACCGGAGAAGAACCAGUUGCUUUUCCCCUAUCUUAUUCCCCUGAUUUCCUCCCCACUUACCCAAGGGCUAGCUACAUCUUAGUCUCUAGACUACGAAGUACAUCGUCUACGGAGUAUAUUGUACAGUGUCCUCCCGCUGCCCGGGGUUCUGCAAGGAAACCUUUCCAAAUUUACAUCUGUCAUGACUCGUCAAGGCUCCGUUGCUCGCUUGAGUCUAUUGCAUACUGCAGUUCCAACCCAAGGGGAUGUGAAUGGCAUGGCGCCUGCCGGUCAGAAGGAGCUUGGCGCCAGGCGUGGCCCCAGCUCCAACUCUCCAGCGUCGGGACUAGAUCCAUAUUAGAACCUGGAUUUUGAUUCUGCUAGUAUCAGAAAGUUUUCAAGAGCCCACCCUGAACAGCCUAAUUAGCGACAGAUUAUCCCUUAUCAUGGAAGUGGAAAAGCCGCCCCGUUGUCCGUCCCUUAUCGUCUCCCGUCGUCAGCUGCCAGAGCGUACAACGAA